GCCAACUUUUUCUGAAAAUCCACAGGCGGGCGGUAAUCCAGAAGUCUUUCAUAAAGCUUGUGCAGAUGUAUAGCGGCUCUGAACUGUGACUCAUCGGUUUGCAAGCGUCCCGACUUGACCAAGGUCUGGUAUGCAACAAGCGGAUCGCUAAUUGCCACGGCGGUGGUGGACUGUGAGCGGUGCGGGACUGUGACGAGCGUCGUGCGGAGGCGGACGGACGGCGAGCCAGCGAGCAAGAAGCGCCGAUGUCCGUGUAUGGUCAGUCUGGCAGUCACAGCCAAGAUCCGUUCGGAAGACAUGAUCGUAGUCGGCGGUCACCGUUCUCGUUCUCCUAUCGGCUGUAGUCGAGCUCGGCCUCUUCGCCGUGAAUUCGUGAUGCAGGCACGCGCUCCGCCCAUCCAGGUGUGAAAAGUACUCCGCCAAAAAGUCAAAGACUCGACAACUCGACGUUGAACAUGUCUAGAGUCGUCGGAUCAGUCGGUCUCGUUCUUGCAGGUGCCGUCGCUGGAGGCGGUGUCGUCUACGCUGCCAGCCAGUCCCGCGUUCCUGCCGUCCCAGCUGCUGCUCCUCAACCACCCUCCCUCCCCGUCCCUCAUGGAUCUCCAGCUGCCCGUCCGUCCGAUGUGCCGCCCACUGCACCCGCUCCUGUCAACCCUUCCGGCUUUCUGGCAUUCGGUUUCCCGGGCCCUGUCUGUGACCAGGCCGUGCGAACUGGAUUCAUCUCGAGCUACGACCGCCGCAUGCGUAACCCUGCUUGGGUUGCAGAGCAUAUCACCAAGGAAUCCCUUGCCCAGCGCGGAGGUGAUCGCAAGAACAGCGCUUUCAAGGAGGAUGAAUCCAUCCCAGAAAAGUUCCGCGCCAGGCUUCAAGACUACUUCCGAAGCGGUUACGACCGUGGCCAUCAGGUGCCUGCUGCUGAUGUCAAAUUCUCUCAAGCUGCGAUGGAUGAGACGUUCUACCUUUCCAACAUGAGCCCUCAAGUUGGCGAUGGCUUUAAUCGCGACUACUGGGCCCAUUUCGAAGACUUCUGCCGAAGGCUUGCUAACCAGUAUGAAAACGUCCGCAUCGUCACCGGACCUCUGUACCUCCCACGAAAGUACCCCGACGGCAAGUGGCGUGUGUCUUACGAGGUGAUCGGCAACCCGCCCAAUGUCGCCGUGCCGACGCAUUUCUACAAGGUGAUUGUUGCCGAUAAUGGAAACCCGCAAGAGACAGUGACUAUUGGUUCUUUCGUCUUGCCCAAUGCCCCUAUCGACAAUGCAACAAACUUGACAGAGUUUGUAACUCCUCUCGACGCUAUCGAACGGGCAAGCGGUUUGGAAUUCCUUACGGCCUUGAAGUCUAGCAAACGCAGGGAACUCUGCCAGGAGACCUCUUGCUCCGUCAUCGUACGACAAUUCGCCGACAAGAACAAGCAGACCAAGAGGCUUCCCGCACCGAAGCUGUAG